AUGACGACUGCUGCCCGACCGACGUUUGAACCAGCCCGUGGUGGCCAGGGCCGUGGAGAAAAUGAUCUCAGUGCCUUGUCUGUGCAGUAUUCCAGCAGGGACUUGCCGUCGCACACAAAAUUGAAAUACAGGGAACCUGGACAGGGCACAACUGAAGAGCUUCAGAAGCAAGAUUUUGCCAAAGUACUCGAAGAAAA